AGCAGUGAGCUGUGAGUUCUGUCUUUGCUGGCUUUCCCAGGUGGAAGGCUACACUCAUCCUUCACUAACGGCAGACUAGGACAAGCAUUGCCCAGGCCUGCAAGCUGGUUCAGCGCUAGGAACCCAAGCAAGAACUCACCAUGCUAAUCAAACCUGUUGGGUGGAUAUGUGGGCAGGCGUUGAAGAACUUUUCUGGAAGAAUCGAGGGGAUCCAGAAGGUAAUCAUGGACCUUGUAGAUGAGUUUAAAGAUGAAUUUCCCACCAUCCUAAGAUUAUCACAGUCUAAUCAGAAAAGAGAACCUGCGCAGAAAACAUCCAAAAUCAGGAUGGCUAUUGCUUUAGCCAAGAUUAAUCGAGAAACAUUAAUUCAAGGAUUAAACAGCAUAUCCAGAUCCUCCAAAUCAGUGGCCAAACUUCUGCAUCCUCAGCUUGCAUGCAGACUUUUAGAGCUAAGGCACAUAUCUGCUCGUCUGCUGAGGGAAGUUAAUGCGCCAAGGCAACCCCUGUAUAACAUGCAGGUCAGAAAGGGUUCUUUGUUUGAAAUCAUCUCCUUUCCAGCAAAGAUGGCUUUAACUAGCAUAAUAUAUGCUUCAUAUGCAGCACUAAUUUAUUUGGCAGUCUGUGUUAAUGCUGUGCUGGAGAAGGUAAAGAAUAUCUUUCAAGAAGAAGAAUCCAUAAGGCAAAGCAGAGAAGAGAGUGAAAGUUGUAGAAAAGCCUUUUCUGAGCCUGUGCUUUCGGAGCCUAUGUUUCCUGAAGGUGAAAUCAAAGCAAAACCUUACAGGUCAUUGCCGGAGAAGCCAGACAUGUCAUGUUAUCCCAAGCUUCCUGCUAAAAAGCAGAGUAACAAGAUCCAAGUUUUACACUCUGUGUUUGACCAAUCAGCUGAAAUGGAUGAGCAGAUCUGAAUGCAGAUAUCACUGAACAGAACUUAAAAGUUAUCUAUUUAAUGGCACAUUUCAUCUGACAAAACUCAGAGACUCUGCUUUCUUUUUAAAAAAAGAAGGGGACUACAAUUAAAAUGUCAUUUUCUAGUAUUUACAUGAUAGAGUAAAUAAAAUGAAUACUGAUGUGGAAUA